AUGAUCUCAGGGAGCUGCGCAUGCAACCACGUUCGUUACACGGCCGAUAUUCCCCCAACGGCACUGGUCAACUGCCAUUGCUCAACCUGCCGCAAACAAGCCGGUGCCCCCUACCAGGCUUUCUUGCAUUUCCCUCUCAGUGCAAUCAAAUGGCAAGUCGAGCCUACGAAAUGGCAGUCCAGUGAAAGCGCUUCACGAACAUUCUGUCCCCGAUGUGGUUCGACCAUGAGUAUGUCCUUGCAUUCGUCGCCGGACUUCAUAGGAAUAGUGGCAGGGACGAUUGAUGAUGGAACGAUUGUUCCACCAGCAUCCGCGCAUAUUUUCUUGGAGGAUAAAGCGCCGUGGUACGAAAUCCCUGAAGAUGGAGCCGAAAGAUGGCAGGGUUGGAGGGAAUAG